AUGGCCCUCCGCCUCGGCACGGUCACCACCAUCGUGGCCUCGUCUGCGGACGCCGCCCUCGACUUCCUCCAGCUCCACGACGCCGCCUUCUCCGGGCGCUCGCUCCUGGACAGCGCCCACGUGUUCGCGCACUACACGCACUCCAUGGGCUGGCUGCCCACCAGCAGCCCCCGCUGGCACUCGCUCCGCAAGGUGUGCUCGGCGGAGCUCUUCGCGCCGCACAGCCUCGACACGCAGCAGUCCCUCCGCCUCCGCCGGGACAAGGUGCGGCGGCUCGUCUCCCACGUCGCGCGGUUGGCGCGCGAGGGCGUGCCUGUCGGCGUCAACCGCCUGGCCUUCGUGAACGCGGUCAACCUGCUCUCCUCCACCAUCUUCUCCACCGAACUCGCAGACAUCGACGACGACAGCUCGUCGUCAUCGUCAUCGUUUGAGGGCGUUCUCGCGGAGACGAACGCUGCCGUUGGCUUGCCCAACGUAUCGGACUUCUUCCCCGAGGUCGCGUGGUUGGACCCGCAGGGGCUGAGGAGGCGCAUCGAGAGCUUGUUCGAGCGGCUGCACGCCAUGAUCGACAAGCAGAUCGAGCGCCGCCUGCAGGAGCGCGCCGCCGCCGCCACAGCUCCCAUGAAAGACUUCCUGGACGUGCUGCUCGACUACCGUGGCGCCGAGGAUGGCGGGGCUUUGAUCGUCAGACGCUCCUGUCGUUGA